GCUUCUGCACAUCCUGGCAUGUCUACGCCCCCUCGCGGUGCGCGACCGCCACCCAAGCCGGUGCGAAAGCAAUCUGUGGUCCUAACACGGAUACCUGUGCCGGGUGCUGUUUCGCCACCGUCACGAUCGAUCUCCGCUGCACACUCGCCCAGCUCGCACUCGCCCAGCCCAAACUCUGGUGCUGCUCCUCCUGCCGAGCCUGCUGCUCCUGCUGCCGAGCCUGCUGCUCCUGCUGUCGAGCCUGCUGCUCCUGCUGCCGAGCCUGCUGCUCCUGUUGCCGAGCCUGCUGCUCCUGCUGCCGAGCCUGCUGCUCCUGCUGCCGAGCCUGCUGCUCCUGCUGCCGAGCCUGCUGCUCCUGCUGCCGAGCCUGCUGCUCCUGCUGCCGAGCCUGCUGCUCCUCCUGCCGAGCCUGCUGCUCCUGCUGCCGAGCCUGCUGCUCCUGCUGCCGAGCCUGCUGCUCCUGUUGCCGAGCCUGCUGCUCCUGCUGCCGAGCCUGCUGCUCCUGCUGCCGAGCCUGCUGCUCCUGCUGCCGAGCCUGCUGCUCCUGCUGCCGAGCCUGCUGCUCCUCCUGCCGAGCCUGCUGCUCCUGCUGCCGAGCCUGCUGCUCCUGCUGCCGAGCCUGCUGCUCCUGCUGCCGAGCCUGCUGCUCCUCCUGCCGAGUCAGCUCCGCCACCAGAGCCGGCUUCCGACCCCUUCGCAGAGCCGGCUCCCACUACCGAUCCCUUGGCCGAGCCUUCCACCAAACCGCAAGAUCGCCUGCUGCAGAACCGCAUGACCCGCUCCAGCUCGUUUGGAUUCCUCGUGCCAGGCGUGACGCCCAAGGCUGCCGAGCCAGAGGGUGAGGACACCAGCAUCGCCAUUGAGCCGACAUCGGUCUUUGCCGACGACGAGUUUGGCUUUACUGCCGCGCCAUCAUCCCCGCGGGAAGCCGAGACCGACUCUGCUGCCAUUGUCGGGCCUGACGCCGACGGCGGGACGCCCGACACGACUGCCGGUGAGCUGACCUCGGAGCCGACAGAGCCCACCGAGGCCUCGGUCGUCGCGGCCUUUCUUGACGACGACUUUGGCUUUGGCUCGCCAGGAGCAGGCUCGUCCAUCGCCAACACGCCGUCGACGCCGCCGCACGUCUCGAUCGUGUCAAUGCCCAACUCGUUCGAUGACGAGUCAAGCAUCGCCGCCGCCGCCGCCGCAGACUCGGACUCAACCGAUCGUGACGGUACCAUUGGCGGCGACGGCGCACUUGCAGAAGACGAAUGCAUGCACGGCGGGCUCUCUCAGGCUGCAAACAAUGCAGAUGUUGCAGACGACCCAGACAACCCAGACGCCAGCUUUGACUCUGAUAGCUCAGACGAGCCUGGUCCAGGAACCCGCUCUCCACUCCCGCGGUUUGGCGACAAACGCCACACCAUGCGCCCGGUCUCCACCGCAGGCUCACUUGCCCUGCCGGGUUUUCUCGCCGCGCCAGGCUCACGCGGCACGUACACGCCUGGCGCAACGUCGGCCACCCCGCCGGCUCCACUGCCCGCCGGCUUUGAUCUUGUCUCGGCCAUCCUCGAUCCGUCGUACUCGCUCCGCAUGGAUCUCGACACUGACGACGCCACAGAGUCGAACCUCGAACUCACCGAGAACAACGACAGAGAGUCGGGCAAUGACGACACAGGCUCUGACGGCGGCGACCUCGACGGCGGCGCAAGCUCCAACUCGGACCCCAAUGAGCUCACUGUAGAGCUCACCGACGCUUACCCCGAGGCGCCCAAGGCCGUGACUGCUGCCAAGGCCCCCUCGUCCGCAGCAUCGUCGCCGGAGUCUGCGCCCGCAGCCUCGCCGCGCAAGCCCAAGCCCCGCCGUUCCCGCGCCCUCCCCUCGGUUCCGCUCACCCCUGAGCAGAUCAAGGCCAAGCUCGCCGCAAAGGGCAUCUUCACCGCCGAAGUCGCCCGCAGACGCACACUGCCGUGCGACAUGGUCAAGACCUCCUUCGCCCGCCCAGCAGAUCUCACCCUCGACACCCUUCCGCCGCCACCGCCCUCAGUCCCGCAUCGCAUCGAGGACCGCUUCGCUCUCGCCGCAGAAACCGAGGAAAUGGUCGUCAUCUCGCAGCCGGGCUCCAACCGCAUGCUCGUCAAGGCCGCCACACUCACCCGCCUUGUGGAGCACCUCACUAACGAGAAGUUCCCGGACCCCGACUAUGUCCUCACCUUCCUCCUCACCUACCGCUCCUUCACACGUCCCAUCGACCUCCUCGAGCUUCUUAUCCAGCGCUUCGACAUGGCCACUCCGCUCACCUACUCGGACGACGACUUUCGUCGGUUCAACAAGGAGAAGCAGACCGUCAUCCGCCUCCGCGUCUUCAACGUCCUCAAGACCUGGGUCGACAAGCACUCGUACGACUUUAUCGAUGCCGACGACGAUCUCAUCACCAAGCUCCACGACUUUCUGGACACUACCAUGCCCAAGUCCGGCAUGGCCCGCGCCGCCCAGCAAAUCCGCGCUCUCCUCGAGAAGCGCUAUCAGGGCCGCGACGAGAUCGAGAAGAUGAUGCACGAGGCUCCGCCGCGCGUUGAAAUCCCGCCUGGCCUCGACCCCUCCAUCGAGCCCUUUACCCGCCUCUCCGCCUGCGAGCUCGCCCGCCAAAUCACCCUCAUCGAGCACACCAUGUACUGCUCUAUCCGCCCCUGGGAGUGCCUCAACCAGGCCUGGACCGAAAAGGGUGAGAACAACAUCCGCAAGCUCAUCAGCCACUUCAACGACACCUCUCAGUGGGUCUGCAUGCGCAUCCUCGGCGCAGAGUCGCUCCGCGAGCGCAAGUCCGUCCUCACGCACUUUAUUCACAUCGCCGCAGAGCUCCGCAAGCUCAACAACUUUAACGCCGUCAUGGAGCUCGUCGCAGGCAUGCAAUUCUCGCCUAUCUUCCGCCUCAAGCACACUUGGAACGCCCUCUCUUCCAAGACUCGCUCCACCUACGAGUCCCUCUGCGCUCUUGUCGACCGCUCCAAGAACUACAAGAAUCACCGCGCCGUCAUGCGCACAAUCCACCCGCCCUGCAUCCCUUACCUCGGCAUCACCCUCACUGACCUCACCUUUAUUGAGGACGGUAACUCCAACAUGACCGCGGACGGCCUCAUCAACUUUGACAAGCGAAACAAGAUCUCCCGCGAAAUCAGAACCAUCCAGCAGUUCCAGAACACCCCGUAUUGUCUCACAGAGCUGCCCGUCGUCCGCGACUGGCUCUACCACGUCUUCUCGCAGCCGUACGACGAGAACGACGCCUACGCCAUCUCCCAGCGCCUCGAGCCCAAGCACGCCUCGGUCAAGGAAAUCACCCAAUAGACACACGUGAACACAACCUGUCCCUCUCCCCCC